CGGUAGUAGUGCCUACUGCAGAGUUCCACGAGGAGGCAGCCACCCCUCGUGGCAACCCCCUCGCCGUUGUUGCGGAGUUUUGCGCGCGCGCAAGCCACCCUAUCCAUUAUCGUUCAGCUGACUCGGCGCACUCGUCGUACGAAGACGCUCCUCCAGGUGCUUCGGACAGCUGCUUCGGAGCAUCGUCGCGACGCCAACGCCGCGAAAUUUCCCGAUACUCGAGAAGAACAGUGUCGAGAGAGUGAUCUUCAUCGGCCGCAAGAAGCUCGCACGCGUUCGCGUUUCCGGCUUGGUUUCGCGAAGUUGUGUCGCGCAACGAACAUGCACGUUCGAGGUCGUUUGCUUGUGGUGUAUUCGUGCUUCAUAGUAUUUGCGCGCAUUGAUGUGCAUUGAUGUGUCGCGCUGCAUAAUCAACAACGACGGCGAGGAUUGUUCGAUAGCGCGCUGUCAAAUCUCGUGGUAAAGAUGGUACGAUCCGAUGACACGCUAAUCUCGUUUCCCCAAAGUGUCAAAGUACUGCAUUUGUUUAAUAUCUUCCCUCGCGAGUAAGUAUGAGCCUUGGCCGUCGUCGAUGGAGACCAGAGACCGUACCGUGAACGAUGGUGAAAUGCACGUUUAAAUCUCGGUCGCUACACGAACGCGUGCGUCUAAUAGGAAAAAAUAGUUACAGUAAAAACAUCGCGCAUCCGAGAGGAACUUCGCGAUCCGUUGCGAAUAAAAAGAAUAUCGCGAGAAUAAACCGAGGAACGGCCGAUGAUCAUGAAUCACGAGAACGGUUGAGAGCAGCGUACGCGCGACAUAAUAAGAGACGUGAGAGAUGAAAGCGAAACGAUGAAGAAGAGAGAGUGGCGCUUCUAAUUGGAGGAUGAACGGAUUUUUCAAUUCUCUCAAAAACCUCGCGUCCGGUGCUACCGGCUCUGCCUCGAGAUACGAAGAGCUGGAAGUCGAAGAUACAAAAAUGAGGUUCAGUUUGACUCCGCAACCGGGAGAAAGUGGUUUCAUACAAUGGUUAGAUGCGAUGAAAAUGGUUGCCAAAUUACAAGAAGGAAUACCACCAGAAUUUCGGAAAAGAUUGUGGCUAACAUUGGCGGAACGUCAUUUGGAACAACGCGGUGUAGAUUGGAAGCAAGCUGAGAAGGUCUGUUUCAAUGAGUGGAGUAAUCCUGACGACGAAGAACUCGGCAUACAAAUCGUAAAAGAUCUGCACAGGACAGGCUGCAGCCUGUUCUGCGGUGCUGCUGGCCGGGACAAUCAGGCGGUUCUUCGUCGAGUUUUGCUCGGUUUCGCUCGUUGGAAUAAGUCCGUAGGCUACUGCCAGGGUUUGAAUGUUUUGGCCGCCCUCGUCCUGCAAGUGAUGGAUCGCGCGGAGUCCUCGGCUGUGAAAGUGAUGAUAUAUCUGAUAGAGGGUGUUUUACCGGAGGGUUAUUUCGCCGAUAAUCUGCGAGGUCUCUCCGUGGACAUGGCGGUAUUCCGGGAUCUUUUGCGUUCGAGACUGCCGAAAUUGUCCAAGCACCUUGAGGCGCUCCAAAGCGACGCGAAGGAUAAAGCUACGGGAAGUAGUUAUGAACCCCCGCUCACGAACGUAUUCACCAUGCAAUGGUUUCUUACACUUUUCUGUCACUGCUUACCGCAGGAAGCAGUACUUCGUGUCUGGGAUCUGAUAUUUCUCGAAGGUGAUGAAGUACUACUUAGAACGGCACUCGCUAUCUGGGAAGGUCUCUCGGAUCGCAUAAUGACCGUAACAUCGGCAGACGAGUUUUACAGCAUAAUGGGAGUUCUGACGAGAGAAAUGCUAGAAUUCACCGAUACAAACAAUCUCAUAAAGAACAUUGUUAGCAUGGGACCCUUGCAUGGUGUCACAAGUUUAAGGGAAAAGCACCGAUAUAAUAUCACUCCGUGGGCGCGCAAAUUGAGUGAUGAUGAUGACAGUGAGACAGAAGAGGAUGAGAGAUUAGCAGUAGCAGCUGCCAUGUUCAGCAUGGCUCAACGUAUAAAGAAAGAAUUGAUUUCAGACCGUAUACCUUCGACAAUAGGAGCAUUACAAGCGAUGGCACCUAGUAGUGAUCGAGAGCGCCUUGCUUUAGACAUUAGUACUUUGAAGCAGCAAUAUGCAAAACUACGUGAACGGCAGCGACAAGCUCAUAUAAUACUCUCUGCCGCGUGCGCAAGACAGACCAUGGUACCUCCGCCCACUUCCACAGCCAUGAAUCAUCUGUUAGUGGGCAAAAAUGCCCUUGUAAGUGGAAAGAAUCGACCAUUGAGUUUGCCGUCUGCCACUGCCACAUCAAAAUUACGCCCGACAGCCCUUCAUAGUCCAAAAAGUCGAAGAGAUAGACAAGGUGUUACGCUUCAUUGGAAAGAUGCAAAGAGGCCGAAACAAAGAGCCGGCGAUGCUGGUGACGCCGAAGCCGUUGGUGCAGCAUUCUUACAGUCACCUCCAGAAACGUCACCCAGUCGAGGUGCCGCUGACAGUGACAGUGACAGCACGUCGACGGAGCUGUGCGACGAACCGGAUCGUCUGAGUGACGUCGAUAGCGAAGAACUUACGUCAGCAUCGGAUUCUUACGUCAUGGCAACGGACGAUGAAAAGCAUACUUGCGUCGAGGGUUCAUCGACCUCGGCGAGUACACCUGCGCGCUCGUAUAUGAAAACUGAAUCGACGAUGACGGUCGAGGGGAAGCAAAUGGACACAAUUUUCGGAAUUGAACGGGACGAUAAGUCACCGUCCUUGUCCGAAAUUUCGAUCGCCAAAAUUACCGAUCAAAUACGAAGACUCUCGGCAGAAGAUGACAAUAAUACGACAGUUCCACAAAUAUUGAGUGUGCGUAACAACGACGAACUAUCGAUGGGAGAUUAUUCCAUGCACAUAGAGAGAUCACAGAUAAAAGAAACAGAAUCAAAGUUAUUGAAUCCCAUCGAUUACACAUUAAGUGAAGACACAGCAAGAUCGUCGUCGAAAAUUAACGUGAACAACUAUGACUAUUUGAACAUGAAAUCUAAUAUUGAUGAGGAGAAGACAGAUGACAUUCUGGUAGGGAGAACGGAUCGAUUGAAAGAUGUAGAAGAAAAACAAGAAGACACUUGGACUAGCAGUAAAGAUAGUAUAGGCAUUAAGACGGAUAUAAUAGAAACUAUGAAUAUUCUACGAGAUAAUUCCAGGGAACAAACGAGUACGUCGUUAGAUCGAAAUUAUGAUAAAUUUAUCACGCCUUUAGACACGAAUGACAAGCCUUUCGAAUCCUCUUUAAGAUUUUCCAGUAAAAUUUAUUUGGAUUCGAAAAAUGAUUACGACUCAAACAAUACGGAUCUUGAGAAUAACAGAGCUUUGGAUGACGCGACAGAAUCACGAUCUUUUUAUUCUAAGAGAUAUGUUAUAGGCCACCUUCCAAUUUCUCCGGUAACAAUGGAUGACAAACUGACGAAAUUAUCGCAUGAAGUAUAUAACGUCUCGGUAAACCAGGAAAAUCUGACGAGUCCUGAAAGGUCUUCAAAGAGAGAAGUUUUUAGUGAAAAGCAGCCAAUGGUACAAAUGAAAUUAUAUUCUGACUUAAAGAGAAGCCCGAAAUCUCCAGAAAGCACAAAAUCGUUCAGCUCCGGAGAAACAAUGGGUCCCGAUUCAAAGCCUUCUAGUCUGACGGUGAGUCCGAGAACCCCAGUUAGAUCGGAUUCUCGUGACUUCACAAUUGACAAAUCGGCUUGCUCGUCCAUUAGCUCGGAUUCUAAAACUCUCGUUCUGCAUUCUGUUGGCUCGGAUAUUCCACUCGACGAUUCGAGGCUGACUACGACGACGAAGAAAACGUCAUACGAGAAAUCGAGUUCGUCAACCCCAAUCAGCACGGAUUCUCUAAAAAACAAGUCCGAAAUGAGCCCAAAAUUGAUGAUAAGCAGUUCCAGCGAUUCGUGCAGCCCGUGCAAAGCUAAGUCUUCCGAGAGGUCAUUCAGUUCCGACCUGCAGUCGCCCGUAAGUGCCAACUCCAUAAGAUAUACUUCGAAUUAUGGAAAACGAGGCCAAGACAACGUGUCGGAUUCGCCAAUCGACCUGAGUACCGCGACUUCGCCGUUCUAUCCUAUUGCGAAUCCCAAUCAAAAAACACCUUCGCCGUACGGCGCAGGCAAACGAAGGUGCAGUAUAGACAGCUCUGAAACUUCGCCCGACCCGAAAUCGAUCAGCUCGAAGGAUUCAACUAAAUUUUCGGGGUAUCAAGCUAAACUAGACCCCUCAACUAAGCCAAUCGAAAGUAAGGAAAGCGAGAGAAUUCCCGACAGUAGCGAUCUGUUUGUGAAGCCGCAAUUCGCAUUGAAUGCAGAACUGAAUGCGAGUUACAUGCAGAAGAGCAAAGCUGAUUUGAGCUCUUACGAAUCGAUCGGUGGCGAAUCCUAUGGGAAGUGCGGGGAUUUCAUUGAUGACAAUGCAGACGAUCCGCUCUCUGAAAAGGACGUGGUGCCUCAAUUACCGCACGAGAAGCUUGACAAGCACUAUCUGAAUUACAAUUACAGACGUAGGGACCGAUCGAGAUUGACCGAGAGAAGCUCCAGCAGUCUGGAGAGAAGAUGCACCGAUUUAAAAUCCUCGGCUUCGAUAGAUGAAUUCAAUACGACUAUGGCGAAGAAGAGAUCCAGCGAUAUUUUAGAGGAUAUGAAACAUUUAGAAGCAAAGGCUCUUAACGAUGGCUUGCCCGAUGCUAAUUUGUUGACGAAGAAAUCGAGCGAUAUUUGGGAAGACAUGAAAAAUUUAGAAGCAAGACGACAGGAUACUUUUAGCAAUUCGGCGAGCGGCUUCUCAAAGCGGCGAUUAGAAAUUCCAGAUAUAAACGUAACGAGCGAAGGUAGGAAAUCUUACGUAGUAUAUCCUAAAAUCAACAUCGAUGAAAACAGCGAUAGUAUAUUAAAGAGCAUAGCUUGUAAUAAAAAUAAUAAUGAUAUAGAUGACGGCAGAGAAUCGAAGGUAGGUGUAUGGACGAAGGUAAAACCGCGGAAGAAAGGUGAUAACGGACGCAGAAGUAGUGAUAGAGCCUUAAAAAUUAUUCAAGAAAAUUCAGCCAUAUUGCAUAAGAUUUUAGCUUGCCAAGCAAAGAAACGUCUACCUGAUCUAGAGGAGAUAUCGAAGGAAAUAACCAUCAGUCCGAUAAACGAGGAAAUUUCUAAAAUAUUCAGUCCGAUUCUCGAAAAAAUGGGUUUAAAUGAGCACGAGAUAAACGAGGAAUUGGCUCGAAUAAAUUUUAAGGACUUCGAUAAUAUGAGUGCUACUAGCGUAUCGGAAUUUGAUGCAAAAAUUAACGAAGAAUUAUCGAAACUGUCUCUCAUCGACGAAACGGAACAAAUAGAUCAUUUAGAUGUAGACGAGAUCAUAUCGCACGACUAUCUGAAUACUCGAGAAGCGCUCAUAGACCAUAAGAUAAACGAGGAACUCUCUAAACUGUUGGCAAAUUACGAGGAAGAAUCGCCACCGAAUAUAAUUAAUUUAGAGAAAGGAUCGUCAAGCCAGAAUGUAAGCGAAACGGAGGGUCUCGAUCUUACCAGCAUUUCGACGAAUGUAUUUUCCUAUAAAUCCUCUAAUGAUUCCAUCGAGAUCAGAAAUGACUUGGAACCCACUCACGAUGCCGCAUCAAAUCAACCUGAAAAGUUUCCAUUUGCUACGUUAAAAUACGAGCAGAGCUUGUCACCCAAGAGCGACAUAGAUAUCUACAGAGAACUGGAGAAGCUCGACAAAAUCUCGUCUGUGCAAGUGUUAUCAGAUACGCGUCUAGAAAUACCGCCGAAACGAUUGUCCCCCAUUACUUACAUUUCCGACACUUCCACUUAUCCGGAAAUACCAUCCACAACAAGGUAUGCAACGAAAACCAAUCCGUUCGACACUACGCCGUUGAAGAAUACUUAUGAAUCUUAUAAGAGUUAUGACUUCCCGGAUAGAUUAUCGCCUCGGAACAAUCCUUACACAGCGUAUGAUAAAUCAGGUGACCUCACGUUCGAGUACACGGAUCCCAAAUCAAGAAUCUCUAUCGAUUCCUAUGACCUGCAUUUGAAAAAAAGCCCGAUAUUGUCGAAAGAAUCCUUGGAGUUUCGUGUGAGAUACGAUGAGGAAUCGUCAAGACCGACUGUCGGCGAAUGCGCCGUUCAGGAAAGUAAAUUGGCAGUUUCCUUAAACGUAGAUUCUUACUACGGCAAGGAUAACAACGAAGCAAUUUCACCGACAAAGUAUUUCAGCAAGGAAGAAAAAUGCUUAGACAUCGGAGACUAUUGUAGCGAUGCGGAUCUUCUACGUCAUAAGUAUAGUGCUUUGUCACCAAAGGAAUAUUCUCACGUCAGAAGUAUAGAUUACGACAAGCCCUUGAGCACGUUAUCGCACGUGAUGGUGGAAUCCGAGUCGGAUGUCGGCUCGUACCUAUCGACAAGACAUCGCGACUAUAACAUGCUGUCACCUAAUCGUCAAUAUAGAGAUGAAUAUUCUCUCUCUUCUAGCCCAAAUCAUUACACUCCGAAACUCUCUCCAAAUCUGACAGAAGAAACGAGAAGGUCUGAGUCACACCCAGAAUCUUCAAGUAAAAUAAGCGUCAGCAAAUAUGAAGAUUUGACGAAUAAAGGAUCAAAUUGUUACAAGAAAUCAACACUGAGGCUCGGUAAUAUGGAUGACGCAAAUAAAAAUGACGAAGACAUUGACACUCCGAGUCCGAAGACAUACUUUAGUCCUUUCCCUGUUAGAAAUAAUACUAGAAAACCCAAAGAACUGACGUUGAAGUUAGGUUUGUAUUCGCCGAAAAGUUCCGAUUUCAGUCAAAUGAAGAAAUCAUAGUGCUCAGCAAAUUAUAAAAGCGAUAGAGCCUUGGACCUAUACAAAAGUUUGCACGUGAGCUCUAUUACCGAAAGGAAUAUCUAUGUUCGCUAAUCAAUCGUUUCGACAGAUUCUUACACUUUACACGACUUACAGACUUUACACGCGUUACAGACAACAAAGCGUUUCAAAGAAUUUCAUAUUAUCGAUUUUCCGAAUUUAACAAAGUGGGCCUAAAUUGUCGCCUAAACAUUCUUAAAUUGUUAUUCUUGACAUUAUAGAUAAAUUAUACAAUGUAAGUUUAAUCAAUAGUAAUAAACGUGGACGUAGCUUUAAGAUGAUAAUUAAAUGAAAUAAAGUCGUGUAAGUUUUUCAAUGCUCGGCCAGGUGAUUGUAAACUAUGAGUACACUCCUUUCUUCAAAUUGUAUAUAAAUUUGUUUCGAUGGAUCGAACGAAAUAACAUGUAUAAAAAUGAAUAUACAGGCCGCGUUAUAUCGUAAUCAUGAUAAGCGCGAAAUAAUAUCUCCAUGAACGCAAUUAAAUUUGGGAAUAUUGCUGAAAUAAUACGUCGUGCGUUAUUGACGCGAUUACGAAAUAGCAAAUCCGGGCAAAGCAGAUUAAUGUUAAAUCCCCCCAUAUUCAGCCGCACGUUUCUCGCUUCCUGUCCUUUAUUCCAUCAUUAAAAGAUAAUGCGCACUUCACAGUUAUUCGAAUAUUCGCAUUUAUUCAUUGUCGUUUAAAAACAACGUUGGAGAAAUAUUAUAGCACUUGAAACGUUCAUAUACUGCAAUUGCUAAAAUUAUAAUGAAAUGCCUUCGAUUCCCUCCAAUUUUGAACUAUGCCAAAA